GACGUGCAACAGAUCUUCGGCUCAGCCUUGAAGAAGGACCGGCAGGCUGCGGCAAGCUUCCUCCAGCAGAUGGGCAUCCGGUCAUCAGGCAGCGCGCCUGAGAUGAUCAUCAGGGAGGUCACGAAGGUCUUCACCUACAUCGGCUUCCGUGUCGGUGGACUGGGCUAUGGGCCUCGCUUCCGAUGCUUGAAUCCAACCCACGUCGCUGGCGUAGAGGGUGAUUUGGCGUCGCUGAAGGCCGUCGCAUGCCUGCAAAUCUCGGACGAGGCUGACGAUUGGGAGAAGGAGCUCCAGUACCAUCCAG